AUGCGCAGAGCCGUGCGUAAUGACAGCAGAGUGGAGGAUCUCUGCCGCCCCCUGCGCCACGGAGUUUGGUCCGUGCACCGCGGGUCUGUGUCCGGAGACAUGAGCGAAGAGCGACCGAAGCGCGUCCGCAUCAAGAAAAGAUAUGACAUCAGUGAGGGGAUGCCGUGGGGCGAAGAGCGCCUCGUCCGCAAAGUGCUGUUCCUGUCGCUGAAAGAGUUCAAAGACACGCAGCGCGCAAUCCACCAGCGCUCGCGUGUUCCUGCUGCGCAUCCAGGCAUCAGGAGAGCCGCUGUCCCCAAGACCAAACCAGCGCCUCCUGUUCGCGUCCCGAGCAAGGCCCCGAGAGCAGGUCCCAAAGAGAGAGCGAGUGGUUCUCCCAAACUGCAGCGUAAGACCGGCAAGCAGACCGAAAGCAAGCAGACCGGCGCGCAGACCGAGAGCAAGCAGACCGGCGCGCAGACCGAAAGCAAGCAGACCGGCGCGCAGACCGAAAGCAAGCAGACCGGCGCGCAGACCGAAAGCAAGCAGACCGGCGCGCAGACCGAAAGCAAGCAGACCGGCGCGCAGACUGAAAGCAAGCAGACCGGCGCGCAGACCGAAAGCAAGCGAACACUGCGGUCGCAAAGGACGUCCAGCCCCACAAGGCGAGCGAGAGCUGUAACUGCUGCGACAAAGCCUGGCGAUGCACUGAAACGGGCCGUGGCGGGAUCCAAGGCCACUUCCCCUGUGCGCAAAAAAAAUCCCGCCACAAAACAAACUCCAUCUGCUACGAAAAUCAAAGGCCGAACCGCCAAACCCACUGUUCUUGCACUCAAGGCUAAUGCGAAGGUACUCAAACGGACAUCCACUGCUGCUAAAAGGACUGGCCACACUAUCGCUAACGUCGCUGCGGCUAAAGCUAAUGCCCUGGCAGCGAAAAGGACUGUUAAAAAGACAGCCAGCACCCACACAGCCAGCCGUACACGCAACGCAAGCAGCAUUCGACCCAAAACAGCCAAAAGGACUGCGCUAAAACCCAAAAGCACUGGUCGUAAAGGUAUUAGCCUCAGUCCCACGAGACCAGUCCGACUCCGAGCACCUCUGACCCCUCGGAAAGCCCGCCUCGCUCUCCGCGGAUCUGCUCCGACCGGGGCUCCGCGGGGCACCAGGCCGGUCAGGGUGGCUUGCAGACUGGCCGCACCGCCGCCACCACCGCCCACCAGAGUAGCAUUCAGCACCAGGCUCGUGCUCACGGCGAGGCCCCUCAGCACAAAGGCCGCCCCCGCCGCCGCCACCAGAGCACUGAGCCGCAACAACCACUCGGUGAAGAUCCGAGCCAGUCCUGACAACACGCACAAGCCUGCAGGAGAUGCUCUUCACAAGUGUAAGAGAAGCAGCUGGAAACUGUCCCUGCAGGCGCACUGCGGACCACCCCCCUCCUCCUCUGAGGACCACAGGCCCAAGGUCCAGGCUCAGAGGAAGUUUGCCCAGUCUCCGCCGAGCUCACCUGGACUCCCCGUGUGCACCAGGAUCACCAUGGUAACUAGCAUGCCCCAGCGCCGCCUGAAGACCGAGGACUUCCUGUCGUUCCUGUGUCUGAGAGGGUCCACGGCCAGCCCCAGGACCAUGGCAGCUCUGUUCACCAGGACACGGGGACCCGAGGGCCGAGUGUCCGGAGCGGCGCACAGGCUGUUAGUGAACGGGCGCUGGCCUCACGUCUACGGGACGAGACAGCAGAAGAACCAGACGCAGGCGCCGCUGCACCAGAGCGGCAAGGACCACGCUGCAAACCGGCUUUUUGCCUCAGCCUUCGUUAGACCCACGCCGACUCGGACCUGCUUCAGACCCACGCCGACUCAGACCUGCUUCAGACCCAAAGAGACCCAGACCUGCUCGGACUGCGUGGACACAGUAGACACAGUAGACACCGUAGAUACUGUAGUCCACAUCAUCGCCUCCACGCCGGCGCCUCCUCUUCCUGUGCAACCAGCGCAGAGGCUCAACGCGAAGACAAGAGACAAAGAAGGCUCCGAAGAUCCGCCCCUAAAGCCCCGGCCCAAUUCUGGCCCCCACAGGACAAUACAGAGAUCUGCAGACGCAACAAACAACGACGUGAGGUUCUCCCGAAGAAAGAGAGGCCUUCCUCCGGACGCCAGUCAAAGCAAGCAGCCGCGGGGUGACGCACCGUAG